UUCUAUGCCAUGAAACCAAAUUCAAAGAUAAGAAAAAAAACGAAUCAAACACAAACAAAAGCAGAUAGAGUAGAGCUCUGAAAUGAGCUGCUCAUUCAGCCUCCAAUCUCUCAAGGCUUUGCCAUCUCUUUCCUCUACUCAAUGCAGAAGAAGAACAAAACCAUCUCCUCUCUCCAUUACAUCUCUACAAAAAUCAACCAACCCCAUCAAGAUUAAUAAGAAACUUCUUUCGAGCUUACCCCAGAAGGCAUUUCACUUCUUAGAUGAGAAAAAAUCUGGAUUGGCAGUUCAACUUGGAGCUAUACUUUUGGCUACUUUUGAGCAGCCAGCAAUUGCAGUAACUGGAGAGAAUAAUUAUGAUGUAGAUUUGGUCACAGUUAUAAUAAAACUUGGAAUUAUUGCAGUUUGGUACUUCCUUAUCAUGCCGCCAAUUAUAAUGAACUGGCUUAGAGUAAGAUGGUAUAAGAGAAAGCUACUGGAAAUGUAUUUGCAAUUCAUGUUUGUCUUCCUGUUCUUCCCAGGGCUACUGAUUUGGGCACCAUUUCUCAACUUUAGGAGACUUCCAAGAGAUCCAUCAAUGAAAUAUCCAUGGUCUACACCUGAAGAUCCUUCAUAAGUUAAAAAUUAUUAUUCGAAGUUUCCCUUUGCCGAACCUGAAGAUUAUGAAUAAAAAUUAAUUGUACUAUCAAAAUCUUGAGUUUCAUAUAUUGAAUGUAAAGACAUGCUUAUUUUAGUCACAAUAAUUACUUGAAAUAGAGAUCAAAGAUUGACACAAA